GUGGCUUCUUGCCGCGCGACAAGUGAUGUGCCCCGAGGGCUUGUUGCCAUGCGUCCAGCUUUCAGACGCGGCAGCAUGCGCUGCGUUGUCGUUUGUGCCGGCAUAACAGCAGCAGCAGCAGCAACAGUACGCUCAAACAGCUGCAGCGACUGACGCGUCACCUGCUGCAUGUAUGCGCCGAUUUCGGCCCAUGCUUCUGCCGGAGCCUUACGCUGCAACCCAGCUGCGUGUAGGGAGGUUAGUCACACAUCGAGCUCCUUGUGAUGGUCGCUGGCAUCGCUGUCGGAUGGUCGGACGAGAAUUACAUGCUGAUGACGAGCAGACUGCCGCGACAGCCGUGCAGCAAGGCACCAAUCGGCCGUGCUGCAAGCCGCAGGCCGCCGCAAAGUGACUGUAGGUCAAGUUAGCAGAAGAAGGAACAGACAUCCGUCGCUGAUCUCAUCGUUUCGAUCGACGGUCUUCUGGUACCGACGAAAGAGGACGCUUCGACGUACAGCAGUACCUCAGGGGCUGGUGGUGAGAGGUAGAGGGUGGGUGGGUUUUGGGAUGUGUGGGAGUUGACUUGGCCUGGAUCUCGAGGGCUGAUUGCAGGAAGGAUCCAGAAAGAAGAGGCGUUUGGAGUGACACGGACAAGCCCACGGACGGUAGCAAGUCGGCUGAUUGGUCAUCCUUGCCACGCGCCUAUGCACGCCCGUCCGCUUGUCGUUAAUUGAUGACAGAUGACAGAGCUGUGGUCGAUGCAGCGGCGUGUCGUGAAUUGUUCGCAGGAUCGUACCAUCAGCUUGAGCCUACGGUGACCGCAUCACCAACUACAUGCGCGUGCAAGAAGUAGUGCCUGCUUACACCACCUUGCAGUAACAACGGAGAGAGAGAGAUGGAAUGGAGCAGUUGAAGAGAACACGACCAGCAUCGACCUGACGGCGCUAGCGUGACGUCAUCAUAUGUAUCCUGCCGGACAACGCGCCUCCCAGAAUACAACGAGCCAUCGAGGUUCCUGACGGCCUAGGCGGCUGACGGUGACCAUGUGGAGGCGGAGGCAGAUGACACUUGUUGACGACAGCUUCGCAGCCUCGGAGACAUAUUACAUUAGCGUCCUCGAGACGUCGGCUGCAGCGCUGGCUGGUUCCGUACCUGACUGCAAGAGGUGGAGAGGACAGCGACAAGAAGAGUGCCAGCCAUGGCCAACCGCUCACCAGUGGUUCGGCAGAUAGACCGCGAACUGCUCAGCUGCGGCAUCUGCCUGGGCCGCUACCGACGCCCCAAAGUGCUCCCGUGUCUGCACACCUUUUGCCAGGCCUGUCUGGCUACCUAUGUGCCCACCCACAGUUUGGCUCUCACGUGCCCCGUGUGCAGGCAGACCUCCAUCCUACCCCUAGAAGGCGUGGCCGGACUUCAGACCAACUUCUUCAUCACCAACCUGAUCGACGUCGUCGCUUCCCAACAGCCCACCGUGUGCACAAGCAGCGCGUGCGAGCAAGAGGAGGCCCGGGCCGUCACCAAGUGCUUGGACUGCAACCUGUACUUGUGUGACGUCUGCACUGACACCCACUGUGAGGAAGAAGAAGCGGUGCCCCACACGGUGGUGGGCAUCGAUGAGGUAUCGGGCACGACGGACAGUGAUGAGACUCCCCACCUUGUGUGCCCAAAUCACUAUGGCAACGCCUUACAGUAUUACUGUGUCGAGUGCGAAACGGCAGUGUGUGCCGACUGCACGGACAUUGAACAUAUCGGCCACACCACCAUCUCUUUGCGAGAUGCAAGAGAGCAGAAGUCGGAACUGCUGAAGCUGGUAGCUCAAGUCAGAGAGCAAGAACCUCUAGUGGAGGACUCCAUAGCCCUUGUCGCAGACGUUUCCACGGCCUUGCAGAAAAAGUCAGUGGAAGUUGAGCAACACAUAUGUAAUGCGUUCAAUGAGCUGUGCAAACUCUUAGAUGAAAGGAAAGCCGCCUUGCUGGUGGAACUGGCUGAGGUAUGUUCUUCUAAGCAGGAAGUGCUUAGUGAACAAAAGGAAGCCCUUGAGUCAUUCCUCAACAGAAUUCGCAAAUCAUGCGACUUCACAGCAGAGUCCCUGAGUCACGGAAAUGAAACAGAAAUCCUUCUAGUCAAGAAAGAAAUGUCUAAAAAGUUGGAAGAACUAGCCACACACAAACUCCAGUUUUUACCAGAGCAGAAUGAGUUCUUGUUGUUCGAUGAUAGUUUGCUGCAGAGUCUAAAGAAGUCUAUAAGCACGAUAGGGUCUCUCCACACUACCAGCGCCGUCGCCUAUGAAACCACUGCUUCUGGAGAAGGUCUAAGGCAAACAUAUGUUGGCCGCCCAAGUAUGAUUACCGUCACCACUAAAGAUAGAAAUGGUGAGUUGGUGAAGCUUGGGUUCGCUCCCCUGACUGCUGUCAUCACUGGUGAUCAUUUGGAAGAGUCUGUUAUCCCAACAGUAACAGAUAACCGCAAUGGGACCUAUGACAUCACCUACACCUUGAAGCAAGAAGGAAAGCAUCGACUGGAGUUAAAACUCUUUGACCAACAUAUAAAGGGUUCCCCAUUCAAGGUGAAGUGUCUUACUGCAGGAGAAGACUCAGACACGCUAAGUGGUUCUUCCAAAAUUCCCCGUACUACCGCCGUCAAACAGAAGGGGACGAAGCGUCCAUCCAGUUCUAGGUCUCAUGGCUCAACUAAUCGUCGCUCCAAUCCCAUCGAAGAUGAUCUCAUCCUGAAGGUUGGAGUCAAAGGUCGCAACAAAGGGGAAUUCACUAAUCCUCAGGGACUGUGUUGCACCAAUGGGAAGGUAGUUGUGGCUGAUAGUAACAACCAGGUGGUGCAAGUGUUUUCUAAUACAGGAGAAUGUCGUCUGAGAUUCGGUUCACCAGGACGUGUGGCAGGAAAAGUGCAAAGACCCACUGGCAUUGCAGUGACGAUGAAUGGCAACUAUCUUGUUGCUGAUUAUGAUAAUAAAUGGGUCAGCAUCUUUGCUCCUGAUGGCAAGUACUUAAACAAGAUCGGAACAGGGAAACUACUGGGACCAAAGGGCGUUGCCGUGGACAACAAUGGUCAUAUCAUUGUUGUUGACAACAAAGCUAGCUGCAUUUUGGUUUUCCAGUCCAAUGGGAAACUGCUGCACAAAUUUGGUUCCCGGGGAAAUGAAGAAUACCAAUUUGCAGGCCCCCACUAUGCUGCUAUUACCAAAAACAAUGACAUUGUGGUGUCAGAUUUUCAUAAUCACUGUGUGAAGGUAUUUGAUACUGAAGGAUCAUUUUUGUUCAGUUUUGGCUCGAAUGGGGAGGGCAAUGGACAAUUUAAUGCACCAACAGGAGUAGCAGUAGAUAAAAAUGGAAACAUACUUGUAGCUGACUGGGGGAACUCUCGCAUACAGGUUUUUGACAGUAAUGGAUCUUUCCUGUCAUAUGUCAACACAUCUGCAGAUCCACUGUAUGGACCACAGGGCCUCUCUGUCACAUCGGAGGGUCAUGUGGUGGUGGCAGACUCAGGAAACCACUGCAUUAAGUUCUAUAAAUAUCUGCAGUGAUAAUCAUCCGUGUGACCUUACACCCACCAGUCAUGAAACUAUUGCUGAUUUCAUCUGUAAAUAUUGAACAAGAAGUCCAUAUCUAAUGACUGAAUGACUGCUUGAAAGAAAAUGUAAGAUGUGGUGUGAUUCCAAUUGCCAUCUACUGACGUUGCUUGCUCACUUCAGCACUGAUACAAGAUAUCACAUCUGUAAGAGAGAUGACUUUUUUUUAAGCAACUAUAAACAUAAAAUGCCACUUUAUGUGGGCAGAUCUGUCUGUUCUGGACUCAAAAUACAUGUCUGUCUAGUCCUCUGUUAUGAUCUUUUGAUUCUUGAGCCUACUGAUGUGCUGCUUCUUGCAGUUGUCUCUUGUAUCCAGACUUGCCACUUGAUCACAGCAUGAUGCAGGGUGUUCUUUUAAUGUGCCUGUCUCUAUCUUUAUGGCCUUUUGCUACUGUUCUGACAUGUUCUAUCUUGAUUGUUCCUCUGGAAAUACCCAUUUGUGGGGAUGUAUACCAUCUCUGUAGAGCAGUCUACACCCCUGCUUCCUUUAAAGAUGGACAUAUGACAGUUUAGCUACUAAUACUGACAUAACUAGAGAAUCAGAUAUAACAAAGUAAUCACAAAAUGAACAAAAGACAUUUACACAAAAUACAAUUUUUUUCAAAUCAUCGACUCACUAAAAAUACAUACAAUAAUGAAAAGGAUAAAUAAAGCAUGUGACUUGAUCACAAAGUUGGUUGUGCUUCAUGUUUGCACUAAAGAAUAAAUGUUGUCUUGCUAAGCUAACAGAAGUCACUGGUAUAGAAUGAUUUUGUAUUUUUAGCAAGCUGGGUUUCAUGACAUCUGAGCUUUAUUAUUUUACGGAUUUGCAUUUUCAAAAUAUGGAUUGAAUUGUGGGUUUUUUUAUUAUUAAAUGAAAGACCCAAAAAUUGUUGUACCUCUGGGUACUUUGAUACUGAUAAAAUAUCAGAUUCUCUAGAUGGCAGGUUUUACCUAUGUCAUAUGCAUACUUUUAGUGAUAGCUGCAAGCUGAGCCCACUAUCUCCCAGUUAAACAGGAAAAACAAAAUUUUAAGCCACAAUUACAGUUAACACUGUACGUAUUUGUGGAAGCAUAUGAUGAUGAAUUUGUGACUUAGUACAUUUGUCUUUCCACCAGGCAAACCUUUUCAUUCUGAAGAAAUUCUGUUCAGUGCAGCUUGCUAAACAACUAAAUAUUAGGCAUAAAAAGCAACAUUUCUUUCAUGAUAUGAUAUUGUCAAAGAGACAGGAAGUUAAAUCUUGGGAUAACCAUUACAAUACACUCCUUCACUGAAGUUCAGCAAGCCUCAUAUUGUUGGUUGUCUCGAUCUGGCCUAAAUAUAGCAAAGAAAGCUGAAAAAUAUUUAUUUCAUUUGUCUUUUUGUCUUACAAGGAUAAUGCAAUCAGGAUUUAACUUGGAGAAUAUUCAACAGGAAACAUGUAAUUACUAUGCCCUGAGCUCUGUUUACCUUAAGCAUAUUAAACAUUUGUUGAUGCCAGAUAUUUCAUAAUCAGAAUCAAAAUAAUACAUCAUUCUUCUUUUUAAAAAGUUGCAAAAAAAAAAAAAUUAUUGAACGUUGCAUCUGUAUUUUGCAAAUGUUAUCGCCAGAUGUUGCUUCGUAAUGUUAAGAACAAUUUUCAGACUAAGUUUGACAGCUGGCUUAAAGGUGGUAACAAAGUUUGUGAUACACUGGUUAUUUUAUGAUUAUAUCCUCUGUUUUCGCAAAAUCCAGAAAUAUUUUAAAUGAGUCCAGAAUACUCUUUAAGAAAUGGUGUUACUGCAGUAUCUUUCUUAUUUGAUACUGCUUACUAAUGUGAGAAAAAUAUUUUUGAAUGAACAACACAAAUUACAAAAGGUCACAGAUUUUGAUGUUGCAUUAUUUCUUGGAGCUCUUUGUCUAUCUUCGUGUGAACUGCUAACAUUGUGAAAAACCAAAACUCAUUCAUCACUUGUAUCUUCAGAAGAGUAAUAGCAUUUAGAAAGCUGUUACAUUUAUGUUAUUGUACAGUUAAUCUACAGCUGAAAUCUACAGCUAAUCUACAGCUACAGCAUCAGGAUGAAAAGCAUUAUGGAUUCUCAUAGAUGUCAGGAACCAUGCCAUCUAUUAUGCUGCUUGCUUAAGAAAUGUAAAGUUGUGAAUGAUAGAGGAGGGGCACAUCCACUGAGAAUGCAGGCGAUCAACAGUUUUAAAAGUGCAACUGUUUAUUUCUAUGUGACAUAUGAAAAGUGCUGUUUAACUAGCCUCUGCAUGAUAUUAUGCUGUUGUAGAUUUGAACAACAAAAUCAGUCCAAGCAUAUAUGUAUGCAGUAUGCAUUACUUGUAAUUUAGGUAAAUUUUGCGAAAAAAAGUGCUUUGACAGCGAUAAUUGCAACCACAUCGUGGAUUGUCUCCAUUUGACAUCCUUAGCUGUUUAGGAAUUCUUGCACCAAAAAUUCAUUUAACACCGGCAGGGUCCAGUCCCAUUCCAGGAUUAUAAUUAACUGUCCCUUAUUAAAUUGCCUAAUACAGUAUAAUGGCUUUAUAACCUGUAACAGCUUUACCUGUACAACGUACUAACCUUAGAUCUCCAUGUUGAUGCUUUGCCAGCUUGUCAAACAUGUCAAUCCAAAAUAUAUUGGUCUUGAUCCCUCUUCUUUGGAAGAGAUAUUGCUAAUAGGGUUGGGGACUCGAAGGAUUAAGCUCCAGAUCUCUUAUAAACAACACAAAAUGAAUGACUUAAUAUGUAGUACAGUUGCCUCCCUCAUGGGUCCCCAGGAAAGACUGGCAUGGUUUGGCCAUUUUACGAGACAUUACCAAAGACAGUCCUUGAGGGACACGUGGAGAAGGGUACCAUAACUAAGAAGAGGAUAAAUUGGUUAGCAAAUUUGAAAGAAUGUAGACCUAAAUGGUGAGCCCUCACUGCUACCAUCAAGCUGUCUUAUUUGGUGUCCUGCUGCUGCCAGUUAAAUGAUGAUGGUUCUUGUACAUUUACCCAUGUUGACUAAUGCUUUAUAAGGUGCAGGCCAGUUCUGACUGUGCUGCUUGAAGUGAAAGUGUUCACAUAUCUGUAAGAUGUUUAUUUGUGCUGGUUGGCAUGACUGUAUAUGAACUACUUUACUGCAUAUUCAAGAAUCACAUUUUACAUUAAUAAGUACACAUGCUUCUCUAUCUCACAGUGAAAAGUAAGAAAGAAGUUUUGUGUGUAUGCGUAUGCUAUUAUAGAUCCUUAUAGUCUUUUCUAAUUAUCAUUAUUUGGCCAAUAUGUGUAAAAGAGCAAGACAUUCAUGCUAGUCAUUUUGCCCUGACAUUUUUAGAAAGUUAAACCAUUCCAAAGUUUGAAAAUCAAUAGCUAUAUCCACUCAGUUUGUGUGCAUACAGUGUGUGCAUUCCAUAAUUUUACCUUGAGCGAUCCGAGACAUUUUUACAAUUUCACAUGCCUUGGUAAUAUAAUUUUGAAAUAUGCCAUUUAGACAAAAAAGCAAAGCAAACAAGUACUUUUUCUUGUUUUUGCCCGAGAUGAUCACAUUUGACGUCUUAUGUGUAUUUUCUAGUUACAAAAAUGUUUGCUAUUAUGUAAGCAGUACAGUAUCCAUUUUAAAAGCAAAAUCCACUUUUAUCAUCAUUAAAUUUUUUAUUUAGUGUAUGCUUAUGCUUGGUGCCUACAUGAGCACAGUCUGAACUAAAUAUGUUAGGUGAAUUUCUAUUUUUAAAUAUUUAAUUUUAAAUGUACAUGAAUUUUGAGUGAUGACUUUUCAUUAUUUUUAUUACAAUGAAGCAUUCCAUACUAUGAAAUAUGUUAUUUAAUCAUGAGUAGUCCAGCAGUAUGUAUGAUGUGUUGUAAAAAAAUAGUGAAGCUGUUGUAAAUGGAACUGUGUAUGAGCUAUUUCAAGAAAUUCCCUUCAAAAUCUGUUGCUGACAGCUUUUUUGCAAUGACAUCGUAUUUAAUUUAUACACUGUAGGCAGUGUUUCUGUGUUUUCACCUGCCUUAUUGCUAUUGUUGCCAAUAAAAAUCUAAAAAUGUGA